CUAAAGGGCACUGAUAGGCAGCACUAAUGAGGUGUCACGGAUAGGCGGCACUAAUAUGCAGCACUGAUAGGCGGCACUGAUAGGGGACACUGAUGAUGGGUACUGAUAGACGGCACUGACUGGCAUCACUGCUGGGCACUGACUGGCGGCACUGACUGGCACAACCCCUGGGCACUGACUGGUGGCACUUACUGGCAGCACUGCUGGGCUGAUCUGGUGGAUGGCACUGGUGGGCAGCACUGGUGGGUGGGCACAGGUGGGUGGCACUGGUGGGCACAGGUGGGUGGGCACAGGUGGGUGGCACUGCUGGGCACAGGUAGGUGGCACUUCUGGGCACAGGUGUGUGACACUGCAGAGUGGCACAGGUGGGUGC